UACGUCUUGGCGCCCAUGGUGGAUCAGUCCGAUUUGCCCUUUCGUUUGCUCUGUCGUUCCUACGGCACCAAUUUGUGCUUUACGCCCAUGAUACACGCCCGCUUGUUCACUACCAACGUAGAGUACCGUCGCAAGUUUACACUACAAUACGGACCGCCGCAGGAUCGUCCCCUCAUUGCCCAAAUAUGCGGUGGCGACGUCCAAGCCGUGGUCGCCUGCGCCCUCGCCAUGCAACCCUACUGCGACGGCAUCGACAUUAACUGCGGCUGUCCCCAGAAUAUUGCCAAACGGGGCAAUUACGGAGCCUUUCUGCUGGAACAAGAAGACGUACUCCUACCCUUGGUACAUACCCUACUCCAACACUUGUCCGUCCCACUCUCGGUCAAGGUACGACUCCUCCCCGCCGAAACUCGUCAGGCCUCUCUGGAAGCUUCCCUCCGACUCUACACCAAACUAGUCGACGCCGGGGUACACUUGCUCACUAUUCACGGCCGUACCCGUCACCACAAAGGUCCGCUCACCGGGGCCGCCGACUGGGACGCCAUUCGCGUCGUCGUCGACCGCCUCGGCCAACGGAUACCCAUCUUUGCCAACGGCGGCGUCGCCUCGCUCCGCGACGCCCAAGCGUGCCUCGCAACGACCCACGCCGACGGCGUCAUGAGCAGCGAAGCCCUGCUCGAGUACCCCGCGCUCUUUGCC